AUGUCAGAUAAUAACUCGAAUGCAGAUUCGAACAACUCGUACCUCGAGAAAAGCGAGCCGAUAGAUCCAAGAUCGCUCGAUUGGGAUGGACCCAUGGAUAUGGAUAAUCCACACAGUUGGCCAACGUGGAAAAAAUGGGGAACUACAAUGACAGCUGCAAUGAUGUGUCUUGUGGUGACGAUGGGUUCCUCGCUAUACGUGAGUGGUGUGCCAAGAAUGGUCAUGGAGUAUGGUUACAGUCAGACACUGGCGUUGGCAGGGCUUACAUUUUAUUUGCUGGGGUUGUCGACCGUGAUAGGGGCGCCAUUGAGUGAGGUUUUCGGUCGUAAGCCGAUCUACCUGGUUUCGCUGCCAGCUUCAAUGCUGUUCACAAUGGGUGUUGCGCUAUCCGGUGGUAAAAUGCGCAUAGUGCUACCUCUACGUUUCUUUGCUGGUGUAUUUGCAUCACCUGCGCUGUCGAUUGCGUCCGGUACCAUCGUCGACAUAUGGGACAUCGAUGAGAUUUCAAUUGCCAUGGCAUUUUUCUGUCUGGCACCCUUUUUGGGUCCUGUUAUCAGUCCAGUCAUUGCAGGAUUCGCAGCAGAGAAACAAGGCUGGAGAUGGGCCAGUUACAUCCAGUUGUUCGCAGGUGGUAUCAUCAUGCCCUUCAUUGUUUUCAUGCCUGAAACACACAAAACAAUCAUUCUUACAAAGAGAGCUAUGAAGCGGAAGAUCAAUUUAAUAAAGCCCUCCGCAGAGGAUCGCAAAAACUUUUUAAAAUUGACUCUUACAAUAACUGUCUUCCGACCAAUAAAAAUGCUUAUUGUUGAGCCCACAGUGCUUGUUUUCUCCAUCUACGUUGCUUUUAUCUUCGCAGUGUUGUUUGCAUUUUUUGAAGCGUACCCGGUCAUUUUCCGUGGUGUCUAUCAUAUGAGCACUGGUGUAUCCGGAUUGGCUUUCAUAGGUAUCGGUGUUGGACUGUGGUUAGGAGCCAUAUUCUAUAUCUUUAUCGAUCGCCGUUACUUCUUCCCUCCAGCACCUGCAGGAACUCCACCUCUAAGCGAACCAACCAGCAGAAGAACAGCACCUUUCAGGGGGAAGAGAGACCCCGUUACUGGUCACCUAUUACCCUUGAAACCUGAAAGGUUUUUGCUAAUUUGCAAGAUUGGUUCUAUUGCUUUGCCUAUCAGUUUGUUUUGGCAAGCGUGGACAGCUAGAGCAAGCGUCCAUUGGAUGGCUCCUCUAGCCGCUGGCGUACCUUUUGGAUUCGGUCUAAUUCUAAUUUUCUUCAGCGUUAUCAUGUACUUCUCGACAAGCUACCCUGCUUUAUACAUGGCCUCAGCACUUGCCGCAAAUAACCUUUUGAGAUAUGUGACAAGUUGUGUUUUUCCACUGUUUACCGUUCAAAUGUAUGAAAAGAUGCACAUUUCCUGGGCCAGUUCCUUCUUUGGGUUUGUUUGUAUCGCAAUGAUUCCUGUGCCAUGGAUCUUUGAACGCUAUGGUGAAUCUAUGAGGAAGAAGUCGAUUUUCGGAUUUGAUGCACUUGCAGCUGAGAGCGAAGAAGAUGCUAAAUCUAUGGCACAGUCUUCCGCACGUCUCAGCAGGCGCGUCACUCGAGAAGUAACCGAUCUGGAAUCGAGCUCUUCCAAGACUGGCAAGAAGGAAUCUGAGGACGAUACCGAAGAUACAUGCGACCAUUAUCAUGACGAUCAGGAAGUUGACUUUCCUCAGAUAUUUAGCACCGCAGAAACUAGUGUGUCCAAUAUGGCUUGA